CCUGCAGGUCCGGACGGAUGGACGCCUUGAGGGUUGAGUAGAGAAGAAGAAAUCCUCACACACACACACACACACACACACGCACACUCACUCACUCACCCACCUUACUUUUGGCUUUUGGGGCCCGUGUUCAAUCAGGCCUCUGCCAUGUGCCGGGCAGCAUAACCGAAGGCAAAAUAGAUGACUGUGAACGUGGGGGGGAGUUUGCUGAUCAACCGGCGGGGCGAAGCGCUGAUUACGAUGAUCUUUGCAAGUCAUAAGUCACAGCUCACACAUCAUCUCAUCCGGUCCUCGGCGGAGGAUCUCAGUUCCGAGUCUGAGUCUCUGACUCGCCAAGCCCCGGCACUGGCUAACCCGUUCUUCAAGUCCCGCUCCAACGGCGGCUGGGGCUGCGCCCACUACUAACUAGUUCCCUGCCCGGCGGCCGAGGAGAACGGCCAGCCCAUCCCCGUCUCGUCUCCCAGUGAGGCGUUGGCGCCAGUGCUACCAUCCCUACAAGGAGCGAGCUACAAGGAGGAGAGUUUUACGUCAGGCCGCUAUCGAAUUGACGCGGUCGGGCCAAGACCUGAAGCUAAAAAGCCGUUGUUGGCGUGUUAAAACCCGUUGAAAUACCUGAACGUCGACUGAGGACUGAUAACCAACAACAACUCAUAACUCACAACUCACAACAUUUUGAAAAUCGUAUUUCGGCAGUUCAGCAUGUCCACUUGAAUUCUUCAGCAUCCUUCAAGCUCACUUUCUACAUAAACCCCUGUCCCUUCGAAGCUCGGCAUCGGCUUUCAAGUUCUGGAAGCCCAAGCGACCUCUCUUGCUGAACGCAGGCUGUCGGAGGGUCACAGAGCCCCACGGUGGAUCGCAAUUACGUCUAUGGGGAAACUCAGCAGCCGACGUGCAUCCGACAACAGGGCAAGUUGCCUGGGGUUAGGGAGGAGGGGGGGGGGGGGUUCAACGUACGAAUCUCCGGCCCCGUUCUCGAGCCCUGAUCCUUUCAUCUUGGAGCCCGUCCCUAUUUUUUCCCUUCUUUUCUUCGUCUCUCUGUAGUGGACUUACAAGGUCAGGUCUGGGAGCCGAUCAGGUCUCGCCACAAACGUCCCUCGGAGUGGCAUGAUGACCCUUUCGAUUUUCGCCAUUUGAUCGGGCAACUAGGAUGCAUUGGGGGGGAUUUUGUCUAGAGCUAUGAAGCUAGCACGAAGAGACCCCCCUAUUUUCCCCAGUUCACUAGUGGUGGUCUAUGUGGACGAGGGGGAGGAGGAGGAGGAUGGUGAUGAUGAUGAUGGACACAGGAUAAUAAUAAUGAUAAUGGUCUGCCCACAUCCGCGCUCCUCCUGAACGGCCCUUUUUUCCCCCCUCCCCUUCCCUCUUCCUUUCUCUUUCGACUCCCCUUAUCCGACCCGCCGUCCUUGUUGUUGCGCGUGUGUGAGCGUCUGCGUGUGUCCGGACGUUUCGGAGACUCGCCGGCCAUGGACGACCCGACCUUACUCCUCCACUGGCUCUUCAGCUUCCUGGCCCUCUUCAUCAUGGUGGCCAGGCUGGUCUGGAGAAAGGUCGCCAAGCAGGACCUGAACCUGGGCGACUGGUUCACCGUCGCCGCCAUCGUCUGCGCCCUGACGCGGGUCGGCCUCAUCCACGUCGUGCUCACCUGGGGCACCAACAACGUGUCGGCCGCGUACCGAAAGAAUCACACCUUCACCGACGAGGAGAUCUACAGACGGGAGAUCGGCAGCAAACUUUCCAUUGUGAACCGGGUCUUUUACAACUCCUACCUCUGGUUGCAGAAACUCGUGCUUCUCGAUGUCUACCGCCGGCUGCUGCUGAACCUCCGCUUCGAGAAAAUCACCAUCUGGUCCUUUUGCGCCAUCUUCUUCGGCACAUAUGUCGCCUGCCAGGUGACGACGUUCAGCGAAUGCGAUCCCUUCCACUUGUACUGGCAGGUUGUGCCUGACCCGGGCGCGUGCUCCAAAGCCCAGCUGCAGCUCGUCGUCGUCGGCGUGCUCAACAUCGUCACCGACUUCAUGCUGCUCGUGCUGCCGCUGCCGCUCGUCUUCUCGCUCAAGACGCCCUGGCAGCGCAAGGUGCAGCUCUACGCCCUCUUCACGCUCGGCGUCUUCAUCAUCGCCAUCACCGUCAUCCGCCUCCCGAUCAACAUCACCAACAAGGACAGCCAGAUCAACCGGUCGACGUGGGCCAGCACCGAGCUGCUGACGGCCGCCAUCGUCGUCAACGCGCCGACGCUGUACGGCCUGUGGAAUAAGCGGCGGCAGACCAAGUCGUCGGCCAACACGUACGGCGUCGGCGGCGGCGGCACGUCGGGCCUGCACUACUACGGCCACGGCACCAAUGUGUCGACGGUGCACCGGUCUGCGGCCCGGCGCGACGACUCGGAGGAGGCGUACGCCAUGAACGCACGCCGCAAGAUGGGGCCGAUGGAAGGCAUUAUGCAGACCAAGGAGGUGAUUGUGUCCGAAUUCAGACAGGAACCGGACCGUAAGGGCGGGCCGUACGAGCAUCUGCCCGACGACGUGGAGAAUGCGUCGAGCCAUUCGAGCCAGCACGGCAUACUGAAGAAGUAAUGAGGGGCCGGAUGUUGCAUUAAGUAGAGUGAUUAAGGACAUGAUGAAGAUGAGAUGAGAUGGUAUGAUUCCAAACGGCUUGCCCUUGCUACUAUGAGGCUGUCCAUCGUGUGGCGUAAUAAUGGUAUUG